UUUUAAACUGAGAAUAGAGGAUCCUGGUCCCAAGGAAUCACAGAGUUCAUGGUGCCCGGAUAAAGCGUCAGAGUGAAGCCUCCCUGCUCCCAGCUGCUAUGUGCUCUGUAACCGGAUCAGGGCAGAGAGAGGGCCGGACCGGAGGAUUGUUUGCCUCCAAACGAGCCAAUGAGACCGGCUUUACAUUAGACUGACAGCCCGCCUCAUCGAGCCGGGAGACGCCAAUCUGGUCUGACAACUUUCAGACAGCCAAUACGAAGAGGAACGGAGGGAAAAAAUCCAAAUACGAAUCUGGCUUCCUGUAAGGUCGAAAACGUUACCUGUCACCUCACCUGAGCGUUUGGAGGAGAAAGGGGAACAAAUCGUGGCGAUGUCGCAGUGCCUUGAAGACUCACCUCUCCGGUUAGGGACCAAACUCACCGGGGGAGACGAGCUGAAGCUGCAGGAGCUGUACAACGAGAGGCACCGGCUGGCUCUGGAGGAGCUGCUGUCGGGAGGAAUAGACAACUUUCUGGAGUUCCUCAGGAAAGAGAGGAUCCCCAACUUUCUGUCGGACGAUGAGAUGCAGCGGAUCCGCAGCGCUGCUGUUCCUCCUCCGCGGUGUGUGUCCUUCCUCGGGGAGGAGCAGGGCCCGGAGCUCAGCAGCUCGCUGGACUGCUCCUCCGUCACGUAUUUCCCCGAGGUGUCGGACGUGGAGCCGCCGGUGCUGGAGCUCGGCUGGCCGGGCUUCACCGCAGGCUCGUACCGGGGAGUGACGCGGGCCGUGGCGCACUUCCAGCCGAGCUACGGGGAGAGCAUCUACAGCUGCAAGGAGGCUGCCAGGCGGAUGAUCCAGAGUGCCAGAGAGGUGAUUGCCAUAGUUACAGACUCCCUGACAGACCUGGAUAUCUUUAAGGAUCUUCAGGAGGCUUGCACCCUACGCAAAGUCCCCGUCUACAUCCUGCUCGACCAAUCGUGUGCUCCGGCUUUCCUCAAGAUGUGCAGAAAUGUCAACGUUCGCCUGGACGACCUUCGGCAAAUGAAAGUGCGAACCAUAACUGGUACAACUUAUUACAUGAGAUCAGGAGCCAGGAUUACCGGGGAGGUUCACGAGAGGUUCAUGCUGAUUGACGGCAACAGAGUGGCGACAGGCUCCUACAGGUACAACUGGACCGACGGCAAACUGAACAGCAGCAACCUGAUCGAGCUCUCUGGCCAGGUCACAGAGAAAUUUGACGAGGAGUUUCGGAUCCUGUACGCUCAGUCUCAACCUGUGAACACUCGAGGACCUCCGAGUGUCCGGAACAGCGGCAUCUUCGAGCAUCUCCUCAUCAAAAACCUGGGGGCCUCCUCCCCUCACCUGGCCAGAGAGAGGCCUCUAGAGUCAGCGCGUCUCACCAGCACACCGAGCCGCAGAGCCUUAAAUCUCUCUGUCCAGCCCCCGUGUGAAGCCUCGACUCCAGAUAACCACAAAAGCAACCCGGUGUCCAACACCUCCACUUUAGAUGAGGACUGUACGGAGGGGCCGCACAUGCAGGAGGAGAUCCUGGCAGGAAGCACAACUCAGCGUUUAUCCACAGAUCAGCUGACAGAGAAAGAGCCAGCGAGCUCCAUCACCUGCCACGCCUCCACUCAGACCGGCCUGUCAGUGACGGACAGCGACACGCAGACUGACCAACAGAUCACGCCUCAAACCCAGGCCGCCUCUCUUUCCUCUCCCAGGCAGAGCUCAGCUGCAGACGGCUCCUUAAAGCACUGCUUCAACCAGCUGAAGGAGGAGCGCCAGCACCAGUACUCCAACAUCCGCUGCAAGCUGGAGCACAUGGUGACCGCCCUGUCCCAGAGGCGCGAGCUGGCGGACGUCACCAACAUGACUCAGGGGCCUGGAGCUCACAGCCAGCAGAGGGAACACAAAGACAGCGAGCAGGAACCAAACCCCAGACUGCUUGGUGAAAGUGCGGGCAUGGGCACGUGGCCAAGAGCCAGAUGUGUGCACUAGUUUGUCCUCGGGGAUGUCAGAAGGAGGGUGGUGGGGGAAGAGCUGUGCCAAGGUUUCUGGAGGAAUCUCUGUUUUAAAUAAAGGGUUCUGGUUUAUGCAGUAGAUUAUUUUGUUCUUAAAGGACUUUAUUGUCAUACGCACUGCUACAGUGUAGAUAUGCAAGCAAAGGCUCCUCCAACAAUAAAACAUGAAUAUAUAGAAGACAAAAAACUAAUCCAAAUAAAAUAGUGCAAGAGAAUAUUGCAAGACUAGUUUGCAAGUAAUGCAGGAGAAGUUAACUAAAUGCAACUAAAAUAGAAUAAGAUAAGCUAAAAAUAGAAUGUAAAAUGAAUGCUGUAUAGUCUGCUUUGCUCACUUUUGUCCUUUUCAUUUCGUGUCCUUUCCACGUCUAAAGCUUUAUUUGUGUAACGCAGAACUGUAACCAAAGACACAGUGCAAUAAUACUCUUUUUAAAACAUCUCAGUUUAAUUCAAAAUCAUUCACACAGGCGAUUAACACUGCAUAAUAUCUGCUGUAGUUUGAGUGAAAAGUGCUGUUUUGGUUGUUUAAUCACAGUUGGCUGCUGUUUCUGCUUCUGAACAACAUUCCUGGGAGCUGCUGGCUCUCGCUGCGCUUUGCUAAUAAACAAAGUAGUGUUUUGCUAGA